AUGUUUGCCUCAACCUCAAAAAUUGUACUUAGGCUGGUCGAUGGUGCCGGAAACAUCAAGAUCACCAAAGAUGGCAAAGUCCUUCUGAGCGAAAUGCAAAUACAAAAUCCAACUGCAGCUAUGAUCGCAAGAGCUGCCACUGCACAAGACGAUAUCACCGGUGAUGGUACAACAUCUGUCGUCCUGUUGGUGGGUGAACUAAUGAAGCAAGCCGAAAGAUACAUCUCCGAAGGAUUGCACCCCAGGGUUAUCACCGAGGGGUUUGACCUGGCGAGAAAGGAGGCACUCGAGUUCUUGGAUAAGUUCAAGGUUGAAAGAGUCAUCGACCGGGAAUUGUUGAUUAACGUGGCUCGUAGCUCCUUGCACACAAAGGUUAACGCUACUCUCGCAGACACUUUAACGGGGGCAGUUGUCGAUGCGGUGUUGGCCAUAAAACGUGACAAUGAACCCAUCGAUCUACAUAUGGUGGAAAUUAUGAAAAUGCAACACAAGACAGCUACCGAUUCUCGCUUGGUACGUGGACUUGUUUUAGAUCACGGCGCCCGUCACCCCGAUAUGCCAAAACGAGUCGAGGAUGCGUAUAUAUUAACCCUGAAUGUUUCCUUGGAAUAUGAGAAAAGUGAGAUUAACUCGGGAUUCUUUUAUUCGUCCGCCGAACAACGCGAAAAACUGGUUGAGUCUGAACGCAAAUUCACCGAUGAGAAAGUCAAAAGAAUU